AUGUCAACAAACGCACCAGUCAAGCUGAAUAUCAGUGAUUUACCAUCAACCUCACGUUGCCCUGUUCACUGGCAUGCAAGCCUUAAUAAUAUGUGUCACUCUGGUAGCGGUAUUUCGGACUUGUAUGACAUAGUCGACGCUAUCAGGUCAAUGACGAUCAGUGAUGCCGAUAAUCUCGAAGCAAACCUCGUCCUGGACCUCGCAAGGGCAAGACGGGAUGUCGUCAACGCAGAGAAAGUGCUUGCUGACUGCGUGGUCCGCGAACACGAAGUCUUGGCGAAUCUCUCCAAGCACAAAUCCGAUAUUUCGAAGCAGAACCUCGCCAAGGCAGAUAACUGUGAGCGCCCACCCGCACCUCCAUCACGGCCUUCCAUGUUUUAUGGCCGUGGAGAUCUCGUUGCAGAGCUUACCAACCUUGUCGUCAAUGGCGAGCACAUUGCAUUGAUUGGUCCAGGAGGCAUGGGAAAGAGUUCUCUUGCCAAAGCUAUCCUCCACGAGCCAGAUAUCAUGGAAAAUUUUGCCGACAGACGCUACUUCGUGACCUACGAUGGCCUGGAUCCUUCGACCAUCACUUUUCAAACCUUUAUGACUUAGGUUUUCAGGAGCCCUUGGCAUAGAGCUUGCUGGCGCUGAUCCUGUCCGACUAAAUAACCUCCUUUCUUCGUUCUGCUAGUGCCCUCGUUGUUCUCGAUAAUGCUGAGACCUUCGAAGAGGCCAGUGGAUCUUCGGCGCUCAGGGAAAUACCACCAGCUAUUGCUGAAAUUGCAGACGUCCCCAGGUGUCAUUCUGAUUCUCACGUCAUGUAGUAGAAGGAAUGCGCCCAACGUGCAAUGGAUAACAAAGGACAUUCCGCCAUUGGAUUUGAGCUCUGCUUUGGAGGCUUUCUUUCGAAUUUACCGCCCAGCCAGUCGUAGCAAUGCGGAGGGAGAAAUAACAAACCUGCUUAAGGAGUUAGGA